CAGGACGUGGUGAUUAGCGAGAGAACUUUUCGCAAGUUAUGGAGUUUGGACAAGGGGAGAACUAUUCUGCGAGUUAUGGAGUUUGAGACAUUGUGGGCAUGUUGAAGAAGGUGUUGGCUGUGCUGCUCCUGUGCUUCGGGCUGCACUGGUCCGAUGAGGCCAGGACUUCUGAACUUAAAACUACGGCUCAUCCCAGCACUGAGGGACCUCUGGAAGAAACAAGUGAUGUUGGGGUGUCGGACAGUUGGGAGGAAGGUGAACACAAUUUCACCACUGUUGGCACGGAUACAACUCUGUUAGAUGACUUACAAAGUAAUGCUACAAAUGGUUCUGAGACAAACAGUACCAUCACCAACGACGAGGAUGUGGACUACUUUGGUGAAGAGGAGGCCGCCCUAGUGGUUGCAGGGGCUGAGGAUAAGCAGAACACCUCGGGGAAUGGCAAUUCCACAGAUUAUGAUUUGUACGGCAAUUCUACAGAUUAUGAUCUCUAUGGCAACAUGACAUAUGAUUACGAAGAUAAUGACACAGACUUACACAGUAAUGAAACUAUAGCUGUUUUUGUCAAGAAGAAGUUUCAUAGAGAAGUUCCCCUUGAGGCUGUUGCCUUCCUCGGAGCAGUAGGGCCGUUCCUCGUGCUCCUCGUCAUCUUCUUCCUCUACCUUAACAAGUCGCUUUGCUUCUCCGAGUGUGGCGGAUUUCCAUGCAUUGACAAAUUACCAAAGAAAGAAAAGACUUUCAACAAGCUGGUGAGUACGUCUUUCCGACUUCAUAUCGUCGUGUGA